UAAAAAAGUCAUGGAGCCACAGAGUAGUUUUUUUAAAGCCUCAAGUCAUAUUUUUCCCUCAGAUUGUUUCUGUGUCUUUCUUGUUGUCCUAACAGUUCAUUGGAUUUUUGUUCAUCCACAGGGUCACAUGACCCCGUGCAGGCAGCAACACCCCCCCACAACGCCCCAAUCCUAACAACAUGAUAUGAUCCUCAAACAUGCUGUGUGUUCAUGUGUGCUUGCAGCUGGGCGGACCAGGCCACGUUGUCCCGUGGACUCUGUCGCUAUGGAAACAGCGUGGAGUGCUGCUGGGGCUGGAAACAGUUGGACUGGGGGCGAUGUGAACCUCACUGCCAGCAGGGCUGUAAACAUGGAGAGUGUGUGAAACCAGACCAGUGCAAAUGUCACCCAGGAUACACGGGAAAGGCGUGUAACCAAGAUCUGAACGAGUGUGGCGUGAAGCCUCGGCCCUGCAAACACCGCUGCAUGAACACGCCAGGCAGCUACAAGUGUUACUGCGUGGACGGGUACGUGCUGCAGCCGGACGGCAGCUGCAGGAAUACCCAAACCUGUUACCAUGCCAACUGUCAGUAUGGCUGUGAGGUGAUCAAAGGGGCAGUGCGAUGCACCUGUCCAUCGCCAGGGUUACGCCUGGGUCCAGACAGACGCACCUGCGUCGACAUCGACGAGUGUUUCUUGGGUGGAGGCGUGUGUCCUCGUCGCAGAAAGUGCGUGAACACUUUCGGGAGCUUCAUCUGUAAAUGUCACCUGGGCUUCAGACUCGUGUACAUCAACGGGCGGUACACCUGUAUCGGUGAGGCUAAAACCCGUAAAAUAAAAUAAAAUGUGAUUUUACAGAGCUUUCAUUUCUUCUUAUACAUAAAUAUGUCUUAACUAUUCACAAAACUCCCUGCUAAGUCACUGUGGCUGUACAUAGACUCUUUAGCAUUUUAGCCACUG